GCGCCUGACUUCCGGGAGAGGCGUGAGCGCCGCCCAGCAGUGCAGAGAAAUUGCUUGAGUUCCGUCGCGCGUCCGUUCCGUCACGUGACGUGCUUGCCUGUCACGGAACCACCCGAGUGUUUCUGAACCCCCCCGCACGAUUGCUGAGCGAGUGUUUCCGAAGCUGCGCAGUGAGCAGGAGCGGCCGCACAGUGAGCGCUUCCCGGAGCUGCCCAGACUGACUGACUGACUAACUGGCUGACUGACGGACCCGGCCGGCGUAUCACAGGCACGGAGGGAGGCCGGGAGCUGCCCCCGGAGCGGGACACAGGGAGAGCAGGAGGGAGGCGCGGGGGACAUCCAGCACCAUGAUCAAACUCUUCUCCCUCAAACAGCAGAAGAAAGAGGAGGAAUCGGCCGGAGGCACCAAGGGGAGCAGCAAGAAGGCCUCAGCAGCACAGCUCCGCAUCCAGAAAGACAUUAAUGAGUUGAAUUUGCCGAAAACAUGUGAAAUAGAAUUUUCAGACCAUGACGACCUUUUAAAUUUCAAACUAGUCAUCUGCCCUGAUGAGGGUUUCUACAAAGGUGGAAAGUUUGUCUUCAGUUUUAAGGUGGGACAGGGUUACCCUCAUGACCCACCAAAGGUGAAAUGCGAGACCAUGGUAUAUCAUCCAAAUAUAGAUCUAGAGGGUAAUGUCUGCCUAAAUAUUCUAAGGGAGGACUGGAAGCCUGUUCUCACAAUAAACUCUAUAAUUUAUGGCCUGCAGUACCUUUUCUUGGAGCCAAAUCCCGAAGAUCCGUUAAAUAAGGAAGCUGCUGAAGUUCUACAGAACAACAGACGCCUGUUUGAACAGAAUGUGCAGCGGUCUAUGCGAGGUGGUUACAUUGGAUCCACCUACUUUGAGCGCUGCCUGAAAUAGAACUGAGCAGCUUUGAGUGCAAAACCCGCCAUCCAUCCGACCUACCUUUCUGCCCUCAUCCUCUGUCAUGUCCCUUCUUCAUGCUCAUUCAUCACACCUACAUACAACAGAACCCUUAUUGCGGCUCUCUUCUCCCAAACAGUACAGCCUGAGCUUCUGAUGUGGAAAGAAUGAUGUAAGGUCCUGUGUUUCCCAGUCAUGCUGCUAGCCCUUAUUUUAAGGGCACACUGCGUGCAGAUAUUACAAUGCCUGCCAUGCCGCCAUUUUACAUCAUUACCUCACCUUGCUCUUCUUAUCUCCUAUGGAGCAUUUGCUUAUCUUUAGGUUAAUAAAUAUUAUCCCUCUUCCUUCCCAUUUUCUUUUUUUGUUUAAAUAUUUUUUUUUUUAAACCAGUCUGAAAAUCCCUAUUUCCUGUUCUUGACUAAAUUGGUCAAAAGCUGAGAGGAAAACCACUUUUUUUUUUUUUUUUUAAUUCUUACAUAGCUGGAUUGUCUGCAGUGUUGGAACUAUACUGUACACUUCAGUUUGCUCUGGGCCUUUCCCCUGGAUUAUCCUACCACGAUCUAUGUUUGCCGGGCAUAUUUUAUUUUGUGGCCUUAAGCUUUGAACAUUUAUUGAUCAGGGAUCUUUCUUUUUACCGCUUGUACCAUUUGUGUCUCAUUUCUUUUAAGGGCACCUGUCAUGCCCCAAACAACUUAUGCUGAUUGGAAUGAGCGUACAAUUUUAUCUAUACAUUGUGCUUGCAGUUCUGCUUGCAAAUGUAUAGAUGAGGAGAUAAAUCUAUUUAAAAAUUGUUUUUUUUCUCCCAGCUGUUGGUCAAUGCCAAGGCAUUGACUGACCAGGGAGAGCAGACAAGACCUCCCACAAGAGGCCCCUCUGCUCUCCUCCCAAAGCAACCACAGCACAUGUGCUGCAAUUGCUACAGAAACCCGUCACUCCGUUCCGACGCCAACACGCUGGCUUCAAAGCAAGCGUACCAACGUCACUGAUGAGAUUUUUCCUGCUUGGGGAUGAGUCCCAAGCAGGGCAAAUCAAAGAAGAGACCAGGAGGAGGUGGAGCGGAGGACGGCCAGGAGAUGGGUGUUACACAAAGAGUAACACCCAUAAAGAGGCGCUGGAAUGGAGGAAAAGUGAGCAAGUAAAUCAUCAUUCACAUUGAAUACACAUGCGUCUUUAUGAUAUAUGGUGUAUUCAAUGUAAAAUGAGAGCGAUUUAAGGUAAAUUGCUUUUCUCUUAACAUGUUUACUUCAAUACCUAAAGGAAAGCAACGUAAAAACAAUAAGAGCUAAUUUUAAAGGCAAUUUUAAUGUUACUCUGUGUGCUGUGUCUCGAUGAGAACAGAGAGUCAGAUUCCCUUUUAGCCCUUUGGGACAUGAGUGGUGUAAACUUGUUACUGUUUCAGGAGAUGCUUUAUAUUAAGCUCAUUAGUGUAGUCUGCUCUCCACUCACUGGAAACUGUGCUUAACCAAUACAGAUAUCUUGAUUUAUUGUUAUUCUGAGGCCUAUGUAAUGGUCAAAUGGCACAACCUUUCACAGGCUUAACUUAUGUGUAAGUCAUUAGAAAUGGGAUUGAGCAGUGAAAUGUGUGUUAAAUACUCCACCUUUUGUUCCCUGUGUCUUUACCUCUCAUUUCUCUCCCCCUCUCACACAAGUAACCUAUUCCAACACCUUCCUUACCAUGUGUGUGGGAUCAAGACUUCAAGUGCACGUAUUUAUUAAUGAAUGGCUUCAGUCUGGUUCAAUACAUGAGCUAAAAAGAGAGCUCAACACUGGACAAAUAUACUGACUCUGCAAACUCAACUUGCAUUUCCACGUUCCGUGUGAGGUUACAUUUGGUGGCCCAGGGUUGGUGAUGGGCACUGUACUCAUUAGGGUAAUAAGGCCCUAUCAGUUUAAACAGGUUUUAGGCCAAUAUCCAACUUGGCAACCUUUUGUGACAGCCAUGCCUGAGCACUGACCCAUACUUCGGAGUGCUGGAGGCAACGGCAACCUUUCAGUUGUAGAGCCUCAUUCACAAAACAGGGUAACGUUUGCUUAGAUGACCGUUACAGAGCAGUAAUGGCUGCCUGUGCUUUGUGAAUGAGACCCUUAGAGUCCACUUAUUGACGUGUAUGGUUUUAAAUAAUAAAACAAAAAGACAAAAAAUAAAAUAAAAUGUAAACCUUA